UUUUUUUUUUUGAGGGAAAUAGCAUGGCCAGAGACUGUAUUCAAGUUACCUUGAAUGGCAUGCUGAGUUGUGGAAGCAGUUAACAUGAACUAUUACAGCCACAGAGCAAAGGCCAUAAAUCAAAGACAUUCACCACCUGCCCUGAUGUAGGCAUUAUGUCGACAACCUAGAUCAAACUGGGUGAAUCUUCUCUGGGUUUUAGAUAUUAAGAGCAUGCUCUGUACUUACAGGAGACCUGAGUGGGUGACACAACUGUCUGUAAUUCAAGCCCCAGGGGAUGUGUCCCUGGCCUCAACAGGAACGUGCAUGUUCAGGCAAAUAUCCACAUACAUAUAGUUAAAUCUUAAAACAUUUGUAAAGACUAGGUGUUUGCUAAACUUACUAACCACAAGUUUACCUAAUAUUCCUGAUGAGGUUAGACCAAAUACAGAGAUUGAAGGUAAAGAGCUAUUAAAGGACCCUAUAUGAGGCAGGUUUGGUUCUUCAUCUACAAUACCUUCUUUCUCCAAAGCAGGAUGUGCUAGUCAGCUAUGCCACACACCCUGCAGUAUCUUUAAUACAGAUGUGACUUCUUGAAGAACUUGAGUUCCACGGAUUCCUUAGAGUCUCCAUAAGUUUAGUUUUUACUAAACUCCAAGAAAGCGGUAAAUUGGUGACUCCAACACCCCAGAUGCACACACACAGCAUGCUUACACCUAAUUCUUAAGGGGAAGCAAGUGGAAUUAGGACCAAAAUCACAGAAAAGGUUGGCUGUUCAAGCCAUCGCGCCUAGGUCCUUGCAGUGAACAGAGCCGGGGACAGAGAGGACAUAAGUCUGGGGUAAGGGACAGGGGCACAGGGUGGGGAGCAGUCAUUCCGGGGCCAGAGGGUUUCCAGCAGUGGUGAGUUCGCCAGCUGCGGUGGUCAGCACCCGUGAGGGGGUGAGCGAUGGUUGGUGCAGACCUUGGCCCGGAACCGCGCUCAGUAGGCCAGCCGGGCUCGGCCCAGCACGGCGGGCGGGCGGAGGCGGAGGCGGAGACGGAGGCCGAGCGGUCAGGAAGCCCGUGCGGCCGGCUGUGUCGCGCGGCGACGGCGGCCAUGGCUGGAAGUGAGCCCCGCGGAGCCGGCUCCCCGCCGCCCGCCAGCGACUGGAGCCGCCUGGAGGCCGCCAUCCUGAGCGGCUGGAGGACCUUCUGGCAUUCGGUGGGCAAAGAGCGGGCGGCGCGGACGGCCUCCCGGGAGGAGGAGAAGGAGGAGACGAGCGCGCUGAGGCGGCUGCCGAUCGAUGUACAGCUAUAUAUUUUGUCAUUUCUUUCACCCCAUGAUCUGUGCCAGUUGGGAAGUACAGAUCGUUACUGGAAUGAAACUGUAAGAGACCCAAUUCUCUGGAGAUAUUUUCUGUUGCGGGACCUCCCUUCUUGGUCUUCUGUUGAUUGGAAGUCACUUCCGGAUCUAGAGAUCUUAAAAAAGCCCAUAUCUGAGGUCACUGACAGCAAGAGUUUUGAUUACAUGGAAGUUUAUAAAAUGUGCUGUCCAUAUACAAGAAGAGCCUUGAAAGCCAGCCGCCCUAUGUAUGGAGCUGUUACUUCUUUCUUACAUUCACUGAUCAUUCAGAAUGAACCCCGGUUUGCUAUGUUUGGACCAGGUUUGGAAGAAUUAAACACAUCUUUGGUGUUGAGUUUGAUGUCUUCUGAGGAACUUUGCCCAACUGCUGGUUUGCCUCAUAGACAGAUUGAUGGUAUUGGAUCUGGAGUCAAUUUCCAGUUGAACAAUCAACAUAAAUUCAACAUCCUGAUACUAUAUUCGACUACCAGAAAGGAAAGAGACAGGGCAAGGGAAGAGCACACAAGUACAGUUAACAAGAUGUUCAGCCUACAGCGUGAAGGGGACGAGCAGCGAGGAAGCCGCUACAGUGUGAUUCCACAAAUCCAGAAGGACAUGAAUGGCAAGAUGAAUUUUCUCGUAUUAUGGCCAUGACAGAUCCAGCUUUUGGAUCCUCAGGAAGACCAAUGCUGGUUUUAUCUUGUAUUUCUCAAGCAGAUGUAAAAAGAAUACCCUGUUUUUAUUUAGCUCAUGAGUUGCGUCUCAACCUUAUAAACCACCCGUG